AUGGCUGUCGACGCUCAAAAACUUGUGGUUGUUGUCCUAAUCGUGGUCAUCCCUUUGUUCUUCAAGUUCAUCGUCGGAACGAAGACCAAGCCUGUGCUGGACCCCAAGAGAAACGAGUUCCAAUCGUUUCCGCUGGUUGAAAAGACAAUCUUAACGCAUAAUACCUCAUUGUACAAGUUCGGUCUACCUCACGCAGAUGAUGUCCUAGGUUUACCCAUCGGUCAGCAUAUUGUUAUCAAGGCUAACAUCAAUGGUAAGGAUAUUACCAGGUCGUACACACCCACUUCGUUGGAUGAGGAUACGAAAGGAAAUUUCGAAUUACUAGUUAAGUCUUACCCCUCCGGGAACGUUUCUAAGAUGAUCGGUGAAUUGCAGAUAGGGGACAAAAUUCAGAUCAAAGGCCCUCGUGGGAAUUACCGUUACACAAGAAACUGCCGUUCUCAUUUGGGGAUGAUUGCCGGUGGCACUGGUAUUACGCCCAUGUACCAGAUCAUGAAAGCCAUUGCCAUGGAUCCUCACGAUACCACUAAGGUCUCCCUUGUUUUUGGAAACGUCCAUGAGGAGGAUAUUUUGUUGAAGAAGGAGCUGGAGGCGUUAGUAGCAUUGAAGCCUUCUCAGUUCAAAAUUGUUCAUUACUUGGACUCUCCAGACCGUGAAGACUGGACGGGUGGUGUAGGUUACAUUACUAAGGAUGUCAUCAAGGAACACCUGCCCGCUUCUACCGUGGACAAUGUUCAAAUACUGAUCUGUGGUCCUCCUGCCAUGGUUGCCUCCGUUAGAAGAAGCACCGUGGACUUGGGGUUCAGACGUUCCAAGCCGCUUUCCAAGAUGGAAGACCAAGUGUUUGUGUUUUAA